AUGUCGGAGGCCAAGGUGGCCGCGCUCACCCUCACCACCAUGGUUGAUCUCAUGAGCCUCGUCGGCGCCUAUAUCGCCGGUUCCACCCGCAACAUGGCCAACUCCAUCUACAUCAUCGUGCUCACCUGCUUCCUCUUUGUCUGCGUCGUCUACGUCGCCAGGGUGCUGCCGACCCUGUGCUUCAUCGUGCUCUUCAUGUCGCCGUGGAUAUACCGGCUGGCCAAAAAGGGGUGGCUGCUGGUGACGGAACACAUGAAAAAGAGAGUUGAGGUGGCCAAGGAGAGGGAGCGAGAGGAGGAGAAGCAGAUGAGACAGCAGGAACAUAAAAAGGCCAACAACACCUGCUGCAACUGCUGCUCAUGCUUCAAAGCGUCCAAGUACGACGACAUUGAGAACAGGGGGCUGCCUGUUAUAACUGAAACUAAAAUUAUUCGCGCAUGCAUGCGUUAA